AUGGCUGCUAAACUCAAGCGGAAAGCCGCCGCUGCCGCCGCCAAGGAUACGAGCACUAGGCUUACCCUGCAGGAUGCUGUGGGCGUGUUGAAGGCAGUGAGUGUACCCUCCCCCCGCGCAUCGACGGUGUCCCUCCUAGUCAAGACGAAGCUCGGGACGGGUAUAGCUGUCCCGAGGGGGAGGUAUAAGCUCCCGAGGGAGGCUACGAACGCAGCGGAGGAUAUCGUGUGCGUGUUUGCGGAGGGCCGGCAGGCGGAUGAGGCUAAGCGCGCUGGGGCGCAUAUCGUUGGGGGGAUUGAGCUCAUCGAGGGGAUCGUGUCGAAUAGGAUACGAGCGACGACCUUCCUGUGCACGACCUCGCUCAUCAAGGCUAUCACCCCGAGGCUGGGCAGGGUCCUGGGUCCGAAGGGCCUGAUGCCUAGUGAGAGGAGGGGGACUGUUACGGAUGAUGUCGGGGGGUAUAUACGCAAACUGGUGGGUACGACAGAGUGGAAGGCGGAUAAGCAGGGGGUUAUUAGGCUUCCUAUAGCAAAGACGGAUUGGACGGCAGAAGACGUUGUGAAAAACUUCGAGCAUGUGAUGACUUCGGUAAAGAGAGCUACGGGGAAUUUGAGUGUCAAGGAGGGCGGGAAGGCGAGUGUGGGGAGUCAUUCGGCGCCGAUUACAAAAGUCAUGCUCAGCGCGACACAGGGUCCGGGGAUUAGAAUAUCGAACUUUUAG